CAAGUGGUGUGCUGGAGAUAAACAAGCAAAUGUCUCCCCAACACAGUGCCAGUGGCGGCGGCGGGUACGGUAACCCGGGUGAUUAGAUCUUUCGACCUGUCGACCCUGAGGACAUACACAGACGAGAGGAUAUCAGAUGGCAGGCGAGGGUGUUAUUUUUGACUCUCGACGAGGUGCGGUAAUCGCCGCAGCUCCUUCUCCAGACGCGAAGCGCAAGAUGCACGAGUGCUGUCGGGGUCGAGGAUCUGAUGCGAUUCGACGACAACGACGGCGGGUACUCAGUCUCUCGCGGCGACGGUAUCGGGGGGAGGGCGGCUCAGACGCGGUGCACCAGAUCGCCUAUUUCCUAGGCCCUAGUUUUCUCUUCUUGGAAUCUCGUUUUCUAUUGGUCUAUCUUGUUCUGGCUACACUGCACUGGGACGUGUGCGGCGUGGUAGGUAGGGAGGGUUGGAGGAUAGCCGGCGCUCCCGAUGCGACGACUCGAGUCCUAGAGAGGCGACGACAACGAACACAAAGGCCUAGCGGAGGCGGUGUUCCAGGUGUUGCGGCUGCCGUCGAAGUAGGCUUUAGUCAAACGAACGAGAGCGGCCAACGGGUGGAGCGGCUUGCGACGUGUCCGGGGAGACGAUGGCUCCCUGGAGAGACGAGGCCGGUAGGAAGUGACUUGCGGGCGGUGGAUGGGGGGGGCGGGGAGGGAACACGAGAGGCAGACUUCAGCACCAGUUAUGAUGCCGAAAAUGUGGUGAUGAUGAUGGAGGAGAGCGAGGGCAGAGGGCGUGCUCAGGAAGGGCUCUUUUUAUAGCUGGGAGAAACGUGGGGUGGAGAGGGGGGUGAGAGCGGAGGAGGGGCAGGGUGCGGGCGCAGGAGUACGUACCCUCUCUCGAAUAAUCCACCAGAAGAGAAUAAGGAGGGCAGAUCCAAUGGCAGUGACUGAGAGAGAGGCAGAAGAUAAGAGAUAAAGAAAGCACAAAUAUUAUGAAUACCGGUCAGGUGCAGCGGCUGGGUUCACGCGAGAGACACCGUGGCUGGAGCGGCGUGGCUGGUGUGGCUGGACGGAGGUGAUCAAGAUUUGAUGAGAGGGACCGUCGGUCAGGGCUUCCAGG